CCAGCCUCUUCUUGCUCCCAGCAGGGCCGAUUCCGGCCGGGAGCGGCUGAGCCUAGAAAGGGCCGCUUGAGUGCAAGAGGCCCAGCCCAGCCUUGAGUCCGCCGGAGCGGUGCCGCGUUUCUUCCUGGCUGUUUUCCCAGGGGUGUCCACUGGCCGGCCAGAGCCUCAGCACUCAGUUCUCCAGCUCCGCGCUACUUGCCCCGGUCGCUGGUCCACGAGUGGGCCCGCCAGGCCUUUUGUUUCCAAAGCUCUGUGUCUUUAAGAUCAAGGGUGGAUCUCAGGCCGGGCAGGGACCCGACCCACCACUCCGCCAAGGCUCUCAAACGCAGCAUUAGAAUGUUUAUAAAAUAUUCAAUUUAUGUAGUCUGUCCAAGAAGCCAUUGUCCCAAAAUAAAAUCGGCAGUCUAGACGGAACACAGACACCAGAACUUAUCAACAGUUGUCUGAUUCGCAUCUUCUGAUGCAUCUUGAGUGGGUCAUAAUACCAACUUUAUUUUCAGUGGUGCAUAAAUUAAUUACACGCAUUUAAUAACCAAAAUAUCAUUAUAUUCCCCCUUUAAUAUCAUAAAGGCUUUCCGCCAGGGAAGCACUUAAUAGUGCAGGGGGCCGUAACGGGCUAUUAUCCUGGUGUAAUGCUAUUACAGAACCAAUUAUGCGCCAUUAGACUUGCUUUUUUUGCAGUUUAUGUGAUUUGAUCCAAUCCCGCGCCCCUGACUUGAAAAUUUCAACCCGGUACUUUAGAGUUUAAUUUUCACCCAGGCAGAGAGAAGGGCGGUCUCUCUCCGCUGAGUGUCUGCCUCGGAUGCAUUUUAAAAGUAAUUGCGAAGGGUCCCACUGCAUAUCAUUUGCAGGGAGAAGCGAACAUAAAUUCAGGGACCCCUUGCUGAGAACAAAAUCAAACUUUCCUUUUGUACGAUCGCUUGGAAAGGGAAGCCGUGUGCAAAGAGUACCCCCAAAACCCAUCCGGCGGCGACAAUUAGCAGCGCUUUGCCAGGCCGGAGCCACGCACAGGCACAAGUCUGCCAGGCCGCUACCAGCCCUGGUCCAGCCAUCAGGGCCCAUCCGACCGUCGGCGAUGUUUUAUUUCCACUGUCCGCCACAGCUAGAGGGCACUGCGCCUUUUGGGAACCACUCUACAGGGGAUUUUGAUGAUGGGUUUCUUAGAAGAAAACAGCGCAGAAAUCGAACGACCUUCACUCUUCAGCAGCUGGAAGCUCUGGAGGCAGUCUUUGCCCAAACACACUACCCAGAUGUCUUCACCAGAGAAGAGUUAGCCAUGAAAAUAAACCUCACAGAAGCCAGAGUGCAGGUUUGGUUCCAGAACCGAAGAGCCAAAUGGAGGAAGACAGAGAGAGGGGCCUCUGACCAGGAGCCAGGGGCCAAGGAACCCAUGGCAGAGGUGACACCACCGCCAGUGAGGAACAUCAACUCUCCACCCCCAGGGGACCAGACCCGGAGCAAGAAGGAGGCCCUGGAGGCCCAGCAGAGCCUGGGACGCACAGUGGGCCCUACCGGGCCUUUCUUCCCCUCCUGCUUGCCAGGGACCCUCCUGAACACAGCCACGUAUGCCCAGGCCCUGUCCCAUGUGGCAUCUCUGAAAGGGGGCCCACUGUGCUCUUGCUGUGUCCCAGACCCGAUGGGACUCUCCUUCCUCCCCACUUAUGGCUGCCAGAGCAACCGCACGGCCAGCGUGGCUGCCCUGCGCAUGAAGGCCCGCGAGCAUUCAGAAGCUGUCCUGCAGUCUGCCAACCUCCUGCCAUCCACCAGCAGCAGUCCCGGCCCUGCUUCCAAGCAGGCGCCUCCAGAAGGCAGCCAGGACAAGACCUCCCCAACCAAGGAACAGAGCGAGGGAGAGAAGAGUGUAUGAGGGUCCAGAGGACCCAGCCGGGAGCCCUCCCCACCCCUGCUUCUCUCAGCCUCAGCCCUGCCAUCCUCUGAACCACAAGGAGUAGCUGCCUCCUCAAGGACCUGGCAGGGGAAGCGAGACCUGCAGCUGGUUGAGAGCUGGAGAGUCCCUCUAGAAUUCUGCUGGUAGGCUGUGUUGUUCUGGCUUUUUCUUUGGUGACAUUUCCUGAUGGCUCUUAGUGGCUCUGGACACUGCUCUGUAAUGCGGCCCCUGGAUUUUUUUGUCUUGUUUUGUUUGUUUGUUUGUUUGUUUUAGGCCAAGCAGUCUUGGAGCAAAGCAGAUUAGUUCUUCUCGCCAACCUUCUUGAGCUAUCUGAGAAGGUCUUGUCAAUUCCAGGGGCCAUGGCAUGGAUCAUUCCUGAAAGAUGCCCAGAAGUGGCAUCUCAUGACAGGAAAUGAGUCGCUCCCACAUUGCUUAAAACCACAGAACUGAUAGGCUAUCAACCAGUUCUCACUCUCUUCAGUCAAGACUGUCAACAGCCCCUUUUCUCUUGUUUAAAGGUAUUAGCUGAGGUUUUGGUUAGGAAGUGACAAGAUAUGGUCACAGUGGUCCUGAUCCUAGCAGGUUCCCCUGGCCCAGUCAGACAGGUUGUCA